UUGCCUUCGCAGGUGGCGUCCCCUGACGGCUGCAGAGAGCGCUCGGCGACGGGCGACACUGCGGGAAUCCACUACACGGGUACUCUUGAAGAUGGCCGCAUUAUUGAUACCUCACUCUCCCGGGAUCCAUUGCAAGUGGAGUUGGGCAAAAGACAAGUCAUCCCAGGUUUAGAACAGAGUCUACUGGAUAUGUGUGUUGGGGAGAAACGAAGAGUCAUUAUCCCCCCUCACCUGGCAUAUGGCAAGCGAGGCUCCCCACCAGCUAUACCAGCUGAUGCAGUUCUGCAGUUUGAGGUGGAAUUAAUCCAGCUCUCCAGAGCCAGUUACUGGCAGAAGAUGUUCAGCAAUAUACUCCCCUUGCUGUGCAUUGGGCUUGUCCCAGCAUUGCUGGGACUGAUUGGCUACCACCUCUACAAGAAGGCCCAGAUGCCCCGAAUAUCCAAGAAGAAACUCAAGGAGGAGAAGAAAAACAAGGCCAAGAAGAAAUAAAGUUGUUUCUUAUCUUUUUCA